AUGGUGGACAAGGUGCUCCGGAAGGUGUUCAUUUUCCUUGUCCUCAUUUUCAUUUUUGGAAGUCUUCUUUCUGGAGUAUUCUACAGGAGGCAAACAGAAAUGAUGAUUCCUAAGGAAGAUUGGCUGAUAAGUCAAGUCUAUCGCAGAGACUUAUUGAACUCCAUCUGCCUGAUGAACAACCUUUCUCAUUCACAAAGCAAACUGAAACAUAAUGUUGCAAAACAGACUUUUGUGGAACAUAACCACAAGUUCAUCUACUGUGAGGUGCCCAAGGAUAAAUUGCUGACCAGUUACACCAAAGUGAUGUUCACCAGAGAUCCCCUGGAACGGUUGGUUUCAGCUUACAGAGAUAAGCUUCUGCACUCUGAACCAUACUAUAGUAUCACUGUGACAAAUGAGUUCAAGGCCAUGUUCAGGAAAAACAAAAAUUCAACUGAAAAGGUGAUUUUCCAGGAGUCUGUUAACUUUAUUCUGACAAAAAACCAAGAACAUUUGGAUAUUCACUGGAAACCAAUGUUUCUACUCUGUGAUCCUUGCAACAUUCACUAUGACAUCCUGGGGAAGUUUGAGACCUUGGAGCAAGAUUUUGAACAUGUUCUCAGGAACAUUGGAACCCCAGAGGAUCUGCACUACUCUAACUUAAAGACACAUAGCUCAGAGAAACGUACUAGUGGUGAUAUCACCUUAGAAUAUCUCAGAAAGCUGAUCUCAGAGCAAAUUGAAAAGAUCAAGAAGCUGUACCAGAUGGAUUUUGCUUUGUUCAACUGUCCUUAUGAUUUGAAAAUGAACCUUUAUGAGACUGAUACAGUAUGA